AUGUCUCAUUUCGGUGACUUUAUGGACGGUAUUCCCGUUAAGAUAUCAGAAAAGUAUAAACGGCCACCUAGAAUUGAUUUGCCUUACAGUGUUAUAGAGUGUCCUAUAAGAGCUCAAAAUGUUGUGGAAAGUGUCGAAUAUUGCUCAACGUUCGAGCGUAAUGUACUUUCUAAACUUAAAGAGCUUAAAAGUGCGAAAGAGACGAAGAAAAAUGAAAGACGACAUCGCUUACAACUAUUAGAGGAGGCAAAGCAAAAAAAAUUAGAUGCUAUAGCUGCUGCUGAAGCUGAGGAAAAGUUGAAGCAGUUAAGUGUUUCGGAGGUAUCAUACCCUAGUACUGAUGAGAUAAGUGCUAUGUCACCUGAUGAUAAACUUGAAAAGAACUGUGAUAUAUGUCCAACUCAAGAUAAUAGCCCAGAAUAUGACAAAACAGCAUCUGUUGAAUACCCUUGUAUUUCUACUCAGGAGUCUCAAUUAAAUAUACUACAACCUAUACAAGUCCAAUCGAACUAUCAACAAAACAAUUUACUUGAUGAUCCAGAUCCACUGCAAGAAUAUAAAAUGCAACCUAAAAUGAAAAAAGUUCCACAACAUAAUCAGAACAUAGAAACUUUAACAUAUAAAGAUUUUGAAAAUGACACAUCUAGCCCUUUUGAUAAUGUAGAACUAAAAACGAUAAAUGAUAUGGAAUUGCUAGCCCAGGUCUUACAGAGUCAAAGAGAUUCAGCAAUAAGUUGUGAGACACAAACAUUUAAUCAAGAUCAAGUGUAUCCAGGUUAUGCUAAUUGUGCAACUCAAGCCCAAAUUGAAGGCAUGUCAUAUUUACCUAAUGCUUAUGUGGAACAACAGAUCCAAGGGCCAAGUGUAGUGUAUUCCUCACCCCAGCACUAUCCAGUGUCUAAUGGCUUUUACAUUCAAGCUGAAAACUGUGAUAAUGCUUUUCCUGUGGAAAAUGUAUACAUGCCAAACUAUCAGUAUUAUGUACCUACUGAAACCUAUGCAGGUCAAUAUUAUAAUCAGUUACCAAAUUCUAGAGAUUUACAAAUACAAAAUGGAUCAACAUUUAUACCUCAACCAUAUUAUUUUUCAUAUCCUCAAGUACCUAUACCAUAUGUGGCUAAUAAUUUGAAUACAAAUAUAGUACAAGAAGUUAAAAAUCAGGAAGAUGCACCUAAUCCUUCAUUGACUUCACAAAAUGCUGUUAAAUCGCGAUCAAGAAGUGUCCCAGAUAUUGUAAAAGAAUUAAAUGACGAGUUAGUGUCAGCCAAGCAGAGAGCUCAUGAGCGUUCUUAUAAUGCAAGUCCUGCAAAUGUGAAAGUUCCAAGAUCUUCAUCAAGCAGUGAUAAAAAAGAAGAGAGGAGGAAACAGAAAAAAGAAAACCUAUCAAACCCAUAUGAAAAGCUACCUCCAAAAUUACAAAGUAUGUGUCAGAAAAUACAUGGCAUGGGUUUUCCUUUAGAUAGGGUUGCCAGGAUGUGCAGUCUUAUUGGUGAUAAUGACAAAAAAGUGAUAGAAGGUCUUCUCAUUUUGGGUGAGUUGACAGACCUUGGAUUUCCAGAAGCAAGAGUCUCAGCGGCGCUGGCUAAACAUGAAUUCAACAGAGAAAAGGCUUUAGAUGAACUCAUUUCU